AUGAAUCUCUUAUACGACUGGCCAACGGGCAUUAAAGGUAUCGAACAAAUUGGAUGGAAAAAUUUGAACAGGGUCGCCAAUAUAUUACCCGGAGUAGGCAGUCAUCUGAGCAAAUUGUUUCACGUCCUUUAUUUGAGUUAUUGGUCAACUCAUGGAGGAAAUUGUCCACAAUAUAUGGAUAAACUUAAACUUAUUUUAGAUACUGAACUCAACAAAUAUCCAAAUUAUGAACAGGUAUCCGGACGAGUGGACAGUUGUAUUAUUAUACUAAAAGAGCUAUUAAAUGACGAACACAUUACCCCAAAACGCUUUCUAUAUUUUGAACUUAUGGUGAGUUAUGCACUCAAAUGUGAUUGGGAUUUGAGUAUUGAAUUUGCUGAGAAGUUUCGCACCGGUAGCUUAUAUACACCGGCAAUUGCCACAUAUUUUGAGGGAGUAGUUCGUUAUUGUAAGUAUAUUGACACCAAUGACUUGUAUGAAAAAGCUAAAGCUUCUGAGCUGUUUAAAACUGUUCCCGAAUUAAGAGUCAGACAUUUAGGCAAAACUAUAACACCGGAAAAAAUAGCAAUCGUUAGGUCUGAACAAUACAUAAAGUGUAAUGAAAUAUUGGUUUUGCCACAAAUAGAGUCAUUAUAUAGUAUGAAUUCAUUAUCAUUUAUACAUAAUAAUCCAAUAUUACUGAAUAAACAUUUAGAUAGAGUUAAUAAACAAGUUGAUAAAUACGCAAAUGAUAUUGUUUUACUUCGUUUACUCAAUGAUUUUCAAAAUGCCAGACAAUUACUUAAUUUUAUUAUUGAAAAUGAAUCGCGAAUCGGAUGCGAGUUUUCAUUGCCGGCACAAGCGGUCUGUGAAUUGGGUUUAAUUGAAGUUCAAUUGAAAAAUACAUCGGAGGCCACAAAAUUGCUAAACAAAGCUAUUAAUGAAUACACCGGUUAUUUAAAUGAAAUGAUAGUUCAUUUUAAAGCCUACGCCGGGCUCAGGGAGUUGGGUAUAGUGAGUGAUAAACAAGAAGUGAAAGAUGAAGACAAACGUAUGUUUAGUUAA